AUGUUUGACCUCACAAUCGCCAAAAUUGACGUUUUCUCAGUCAUGCUACCUUACUCGGGAGGUGUAUAUCGUCUUUCGGGUGGACGUGAAUACAGAAGCUUCGAUGCCACCUUCGUGCGCAUCACCACGAAUACAGGCCUUGAAGGCUGGGGUGAAAGCACUCCUUUCGGAUCAACCUAUAUCGCUGCUCAUGCUCUUGGUGUGAGAGCAGGCAUUGCAGAAAUCGCUCCUUUUCUGAUUGGUCUGGACCCGCGAAGGGUUGAUCGUGUCAACGAGGCCAUGGAUGCUGCCCUGAUCGGACACGAACAUGCAAAAACUCCUAUCGAUAUCGCCUGCUGGGACAUUUUUGGCAAGUCGGUUGGAAUGCCAGUUUGUGAGCUUUUAGGUGGCCGUACCAGCAUUGGUCUGCCCAUCAUCUCUUCGAUCUAUAUGGCUGAGCCUGACGAUAUGCGAAUGCGGGUGGCAGAGCACCGAGCACGCGGAUACGUUGGUCACUCCGUCAAGAUUGGUGGUGAUCCUGGCGAAGACGCUAAGCGUAUUGCGGCAUCGCUCGCUGACAAACAACCUGGAGAGUUCUUUUUAGUGGAUGCCAACGGUGGAAUGACAGUUGAAAAUGCUCUACGUAUGUUGAGGCUGCUACCCGACGGCCUGGACUUUGUUCUUGAGGCUCCCUGUGCUACAUGGCGCGAGAUUGCCUCUCUACGCAGAAGAAGUAACGUACCCAUUCAUUUUGACGAGCUUGCAACCUCGGAUGCAUCCAUAGUCCAGAUGAUCGCAGACGACGCUGCGGAGGGCUUUGGAAUUAAAAUCUCCAAGAAUGGCGGCUUGACCAAGAGUCGAAGACACAGGGACAUUGCCCUUGCUGCUGGUUACACGAUGAGUUGCCAGGAAACUACUGGAUCUGAUAUCGCGUUUGCUGCCAUUGUGCAUCUCGGACAGACCAUCCCAGAAAGUCACUUGCGUUGCAUUUUAGAAUGUCGUGAUAUGGUUACGGUGAAGACGGCGGAUGGCAACUUUGAGGUAAAGAAUGGCCGGGUGCAAGCACCAAAGGAGCCUGGUUUAGGAAUCACACCUCGCUUAGAUGUGCUAGGCAAGCCUAUUGCUAGCUACUGUUAA